UUGUGUCGCGAAUUGUAUUCACAAACCUUCCUAACUUUGUAUAGGUUGGGCGUCCCAAGCAAGCAGUCGUUUCGUUCCGCAACUGACCAACUGAAAACACAAAAACAGCGCGCAAGUUCGACGAAGGCAACCAAGAAGAGAAAUACAAAAUUGAAAAAAAUAUAUAACUGUACAGUGUGACUAGUGCAAGUUCAUCGCAAUGGCAUUCCGCGCCGCUGGACUUUUUCUCAAAAAAGAGCUUACCGCUCCCAUCCAACAGCAAUUGCGUUUAAUGCGCACUUCGGCCGCCAGCAAGGCGCAAUUUUUAAAUAAUUCACCGAAUACUGCACUGGACAAGAGUAUACUUCAACGUUAUCGUAACCUGGACACUCCUUCUAACCGUGUGCAAGCUACUUACCUCUGGAUCGAUGGAACAGGCGAGAACAUUCGUCUAAAGGAUCGUGUACUGGACAAAGUGCCCAGCUCCGUGGAGGAUCUUCCUGAUUGGCAGUAUGAUGGUAGCUCAACUUAUCAAGCUCAUGGUGAGAAUUCCGACACAACUCUGAAGCCUCGAGCUGUUUACCGGGAUCCCUUUAAGCCGGGUAAAAACGAUAUUAUUGUCAUGUGUGACACGUAUAGUGCUGAUGGAAAACCCACGCCUUCAAACAAACGCGCCGCAUUCCAGGAAGCUGUAAACAAGAUUGGCGACCAGGAACCCUGGUUCGGCAUCGAGCAAGAGUACACACUACUUGACGUCGAUGGCAGACCAUUUGGUUGGCCCGAUAACGGUUUUCCGGCACCACAAGGUCCUUACUACUGUGGUGUAGGAGCUGACCGCGUUUAUGCGCGCGAUCUUGUAGAGGCCCAUGCUAUUGCUUGCCUUUACGCAGGAAUUGAUUUCGCCGGUACCAACGCUGAGGUUAUGCCAGCACAAUGGGAAUACCAAGUUGGCCCCAGCAACGGCAUGAAGGCCAGUGAUGAUCUCUGGGUGUCUCGUUAUAUUCUGCAGCGCAUAGCUGAAGAAUAUGGCGUAGUUGUGACCUUCGACCCCAAACCAAUGGAGGGCCAGUGGAAUGGUGCUGGUGCCCACACAAAUUUUUCCACAAAAGCCAUGCGUGCUGACGGCGGCAUGAAAGCCAUCGAGCAGGCAAUCGAGAAACUGAGCAAACAACAUGAACGUCAUAUCAAGGCAUACGAUCCUAAGGAGGGUAAGGAUAAUGAGCGUCGCCUGGUUGGUCGCCUAGAGACAUCUAGCAUUGAUAAAUUCUCAUGGGGCGUUGCCAACCGAGCUGUAAGUGUUCGCGUUCCACGUGGUGUAGCGACAGCUGGCAAAGGAUACUUUGAGGAUCGACGUCCCAGUUCGAACUGCGAUCCUUAUGCGGUGUGUGGUGCGUUGGUACGUACGUGCCUAUUGGAAUAAGGGAAUAGUAGGAGGGUUUAGAAGAUUAAGGGCCCUUUUUAUAUGCUACUAGUGGGAGUUCAAUUUUUGAUGUAUAUAUAUAUGUAUAAUCAUUAUACAAUACUGAACGUGCGGCCGGCAGUUGGUCUGUUGUAUGCAUAGUUUGGCCAUUUAUCCGAUUUGACUAAAAUUACGAGUUGUUUGGUUUGUGUGUAAGAAGACAAAUAAAUUGAGAAAUGAGAAAUAUGUUUAGAAUCUAAGUAAUGCAAAACUAAGAGUAUGAAGUGAACAGUGAAGAUUAAAAUGGAGAUAAAAUAUAUUCUGCCAAAAUAUGAAUAAAAUACAUAUUAUUGAUUUA